AUGCUGCCCGACCAGCCCGCUCAGAAGCUCAGCCGCGGCGAGGCUCUACUCGCUAGGCUCCGUUCUCUUGUCGACAACGACCCUGUCGCCACGACUGAGGCUGGGCGCCAGCCGAACGCCCGCUAUGCCACCACCCCCGCCGACAAGUUCUGUGCCACCCACUUCGGCGAGCUCUACGAGCCAACCCCCACCGACGCUCCCAAGGGCGCCCCUGUCUCCCAGGGUGUCAGCGCGCCCGAGGUUCGCCACCCGCUGGACCAGGACUGGGACGCAGCCUACAAGUUCAUGGACUGGGACGAGCGCCAGAUCGCCAAGUUCAAGGAGUUCAUGACCCUCCGCUUUGGACUUUCUCACCUGCCGAGCCAGCCUCUGGACGCUGUCACGCCAACCAACAACAUUGCCAAGGAACGCCUGGCCACGCGCCAGCCCAGCAGCGGCCCUCCCAAUAGCACUGCUAUUCCCAGCGACACCAAUGCGAACGUGAAGAAGGAUGCCAACCCCCUCGUCGGUGAUCUCCUUCGUGCCAUGCAGCAGACGGUUCCAUCGACUCGCAGUCACCUUCUCAACGCUAAGGCUGCUGCCCCGGUCACCGCUUCUGCCUCGGCGAGCGCCUCCGCUCCCGUUCAAGCCCACGACCACACCCACCCCGACUUUACGCUGCCGUCGUGGGUUAAUGGCCCACCUGCCCACAACCCCAACCCGUGCAGUUUGCCUGGCUGCACCUGCCCGGCCCCACCGCCUGGCUUUGACUACGCUGCCCACCAGCCUCAGUUUGCCACCAGCGUCAACGGUCGUGUCGACACUCGUGGCGGCACCAUCCCAGUCCCCACCUACGCACCGCCUACCAGCUACGCUCCGCCUACCAGCCACAGCACCCCUUACAUGGACCCUUCCGGCGUACUCUUCCGUACGGGUGACGACCGCGCUCGUGACGCCGACGCCAACCGCCCCGAGCGUGGGCCGUACUACUACAAGCCCCCCAUGAAGGUCGUGCGUGGUGAGGGAGGCGCCGACACGGUCGCUCCUAGUGGACUCCCUGCCCGUUAUGAGUACCCCCAGGCGGGUGUCCAUGGCAGUAUUGCCGUCGACCCCUUCACGCAUGGUUCAACCAAGAAGCCGGCCACAGGUGACACUGCCAGCUACUUAGCCACACUUGCCCAGCUUGGCUACGGACCUCUCACCUACAACCCCUACAACCCCUACAACCCCUACAACCCCUACAACCCCUACAACCCCUACAACCCCUACAACGCCCCCUUGGGCGACUUCUCGUAUCCCAGCCGCCACUUCUCGGCACCUCGCCCGAGUGGCAGCUCCGACCCCCACGUCGCGGACCGCGUCUCCACCAUGCCCCCCGGCGGCAGCAACGUCCACAGCACGCAGUCCACUCCCCAGGGCCACCCUACCAACUGCUCGUCGGCUGAGUGCUGCCCCCAGAACCAGCCCCGCCACCUCCCGAGCGGAGUGUACAACCACACGCCUGUCACCACCGCCCAGGACGUCAACGCAAGCCGCGUCAUGACGGCUCCUCCCAGCAUCCAGAGGAACACGGUCGCCGACAUGGUUGCUGCCCACCGCGCCAAGUCCGCCUCCAUCUACCGCCCGCCUCACCACCGCCGCGCGCAGUCCACCCUCAGCACGCCAGCGAACGGCGAGUCUUCUGGCAGCCAGUCGGGUGGUGCCACCCAGAACGUCCCGAGCAGCUUUAACGCCAACAUUGGCGAUCAGGACUCGCGCGUCCCACCCCAGGGCAAGGCCUUCUUCGUUCGUGGCCCUCGCAAGACGGCUGAGGUCGCGGCUCACUGCGCGAAGGAGAUGAACAAGCUUGAGAUGAGCAUCAUCGGAGGCGCUGUCAAGUCGACGACGACUGGUGAGGAGGUCAACAAGGCCAACCUUACCGCGCACAAGGGUGCAGCCCCCACCGACGGCGUCGCCCGCCCUCCUCGUCCCGAGGCGCCGGUCUCGUCUCUCGACGCUUCCACCAAGCCAUCGUCCUCGGCCCCGGCUCGCAAGACUGCCCGCAUCGUCGUGCCUGAUUGCACGACGCUCACGCCUGCCUUCCAGAAGCGUCUUGACGAGGUUCUUGCACGUGCGCCGGCCAUUCGUGCCAGGAAGCCUACAUCAGAGGUCAAGGUCUUUAACGCUGGCUCCGCCGCUGUUGUCAACAGCCCGGACAGCGUUGACGCCGCCUCCACCGAGGCUCAGGUUACCCCUGUCCUCCCGUCGUUUGAGGAAGCCUACAGCGCCCUCGUUUCCGCCCUCCCUCCCUUCAAGAUCGAGGACCAGAUCCUUGCCACCGGCGAUCACACCGACCCAGUCGUUCGCGGCGCGACGUCUGAGAUCAAGACGCACGCCGCCUCCAAGGAGUCGACUACAGACUCCUCCCCCCAGCCCUCAUCUUCGACCCAGCCUCACCUGUCCGACGCUGAGCAGCAGGAGCUCGCUGCAGCCCUUGAGGAGGGGCUCCACCUCGAGCAGUCGCGCAAGUGCUCCGUGAACGGUCUUGGCCUCGACAUGUCAACCUCGACGCCCUCUGAGACAGCGGACGUCGCGGCCGCCGCCGACCCUGCCCUUCCUGUCAACGACAAGGGUAAGGGCAAGAUGGCCGCCAAGGUCGAGGACGCCUCGUGGGAGGACGAGUACGACGACUGUGGCGAGUACUACGAGGCGUGUGGCUUCGUCCUCAUCUAG